GGAGCUCCGAGGGUGAAGAUUCAAUCUCCCGGCUCUGCCAAUUGGGGUUUGGCCAGGAGACGUCAUAGACGCCUGUCCCCCCGGGGCCUCCGGCACAAGCUUAUUUGUUACAUAUUUAUAUUUAAUACACACACACCCACGCACACACACCUACACAACAACAACCGCCAUUAGCCACUAAAUGGCGGUGAAGUCACCACGACGCUUGUGCCACACAUACCUACACACACACAUACACACCUAUACACGCACAGCCACGCAUAGCCUUGUCAGCCUGAGUGAGCGAGCGUUCGUGUUAAGACGCAGGCAGAGGCAUGCAAGAGCUGAGUGGAACACCUCCACACACGCAUACCACACGUACACCACACACUGUACUCUACUCUUACUUUUAAUAUAACACCCGUACACACACACGCGCUUAUACACACACACACGUACACAAACACACAAAGGCAAAGAUCUCCCGUAUUGCCUGUAACGGACUGUUGGGGCAAGUGCUGUUAGCGAGUAGCACUUAUGAAGACCGGCACGGCAAACGAGGGGGUGGGUGGCCAACACCACGCCCGGCCGCCUUUGUCUACCUAGCGGCGAUGUUUACACACCGCAGCAAGUAGGCGUUUAAGGCCGAAUCGACCUAAAGGGGGAGCAGGACCGGUUCAGAUAAUCGUCACUGGCGUUGGUCGUGAGCGGAAAUCGAACUCGGGUCGCCGGGUUCGUAGCGCAGCGCGCUAACCGCUACACCACCGCUCCCCGCACAAAGAUCACCCGUGUAACCUGAACAGACUGGUAGGGCAAGUGCUGAUACCGAGUAGCAGCACCUAUGAAGGCCUCCACACACACAGGUACACACACAGGUACACACACACAGGUACAAUAAACACCGAUGUACACAAACACACAUGUACACAAACACACACAGGUACACACAGGUACACAAACACACAUGUGCACAAACACAUACAGGUACACAAACACACAGGUACACACACACACACAGGUACACACACAGGUACACAUACAGGUGCACACACCCACAGGUACACAAACACACAGGUACACACACAUACAGGUACACACACAGGUACACACACAGGUACACACAUACAGGUACACACAAGGUACACAAACACACACAGGUAAUCACACACAACACUGCCAUUGUAUUCACCACCCCCCACCACUCCACACACACACACCCUUGUUGACACACCCGUGAUCACACGCAGUCACGCUCUUAUCACCUCGCGCAAAGCGGUCGUGUGCUCGGCGUGGAGCGAGCGAGAGAGGAGCGAGCGAGGGGGCCAGCGGCGACUCCUUCGUCACGUCACCGCGCACGUGCGCGCAAGCCCUCACACGCAAUCGCCCACGUGACUUCCGACAGAACAACACGCGCUCCUCGACUUUGCACAGCGGCAGCAGCAGCAACAACAACAAUCGCCGUGCGUCAUGCACUGUGUAGGCCAUGGCUGCCACGAGAGCAAGUGGGCGGCUCUCGGAAGCCGAUCGACUCCGCAAGGGAAUCCUGGAGCUCGUGGACACGGAGGGCUCCUACAUCCAGGACCUGAUAGAUUUACGAGAUCAUUAUCUUGAACCUUUACAGCUGGAGGAAUUUUUCACUCACCUUGAGUUGGACUCGGUGCUGUCCGUUCUGCACGAGCUAAUUUCCUUCCACCAAGAGUUUGUCGCCACUCUGAGACAAGGGAUGGACCUAGCACCAGACUUCCAGAACCUACAGUCACCCGCCGACUUCAAGCGCGUGCUCUUCUCGCUGGGUGGCUCCUUCCUCUUCUUCUCGGAGCGCUUCCGCCUGUACAGCGCGUACUGUGCCAGUCACGCGCGCACGCAGAGCUGCCUGCGCACAGCCUCCGAGGAGCCGGCUCUCGCCGCCGCCCUGAAGCGGCUGAACCCCGACGGCCAGCACGCCUCCUCGCUGCCCUCCCUCCUCAUCAAGCCCAUCCAGCGCGUGCUCAAGUACCCGCUGCUGCUGCACAGCUUGGUGUCACCCACCGAGCCGGACAGCGAGGAGCGCUACCACAUGGCGGAGGCCCAGCGCGUGAUGCAGGAGGUGGCCGGGCAGAUCAACAACGCUCAGCGGCUCUUCGAAGAAUUCGGAGAAGCGUUUCACCAGCUCUCUGCCCAGCAGCCUUCGGGAGACGAGGUCGUGGACCUGUCGAUGGGCGACCUGCUGCUGGACGAGCACGUGUGCUGGCUCAACCCGCCCGCUCCGCUCGUCCGCUCGGCACAGUGGCGGCACGGCCUGGGCGCGAGAGUCUUCGUGUUCAAGACGGCCGUGGUGCUCGUGUACAAGGAGGAUGCAGCCAUGGGGUCGCUCAGGGCCAAGAAGCGCGAGGAGCCCGACCUGAUCAAGUACAAACACCUCAUCCCCACGAGUCAACUCGAGGUGCACACGGAGCACGGCGCCGACGGCGGGCGGAGCGCCGUGUGGGAGCUGAGGCACGCGGCGCGGGGAGCGAGGCCGGCGGAGACCUUCACGCUGCAGGGACGCGACCCGUCCCGGCGCUCCGCCUGCGUCUCUGCCGUCCGCUCCCUGCUGCGUGCGGCGCUGAGAUCCCGACUGCUCAACCGAGACGCCUCCGCCACCUCCGCCACCUCCGCCACCUCCGCCACGCCGCCGCCCUCGUCCUCCUCCCGGCACUACCAGCCCUUCGGGGGCGACCGGCUGUCGGCCCUGCGCGCCCGAUACCACCGCCAUGACAGCAGCGAACCGAGCAGUCGUCGCUUGCGUAAAAAUAGCAGCGGCGGCGGCAUCAACAGCAGCAUCAGCAACGACAGCAACAGCAGCAGCGACAACAACGACAGCAUCAGCAACGACAACAUCAGCAGCAGCGACAACAACGGCAGCAUUAGCAACGACAACAGCCUCUCACAUCCGCCGGAGCCGACGCCUCCCACACGCCAGACAGAAACAAGUGCGAACUUCAGGGACGUCAAACGGAGGCUGGGAGCCAGCAGGCGGCAGCAGGCGCCCCUCGCUGCCGGCGCUGGCGCCGUUGGUGGCUUGGAAGGUGACCACGGAGGACCGGGCGACGGCGGCGAAUACGGUCAAAGGGCGGGUAGUUACGGAGGCCACCGAGACAAUUACAAAGGAGGCAUCGGUGUCAUCAGAGGAGAAAGAUAUGGUGCUGGAGGGGGCGGCGCCACUGAAAGAGAUCACGGAGUUUGUCAUGGACGUGGCGAUGGCGGUGGUGAUGAUCGGAGAGUGGUUGGUGGUGGCAGUGGUAUUGGGAGAGCUCCCAGAGGCGACGAUGAAAGAGGAGGAAGAGGCAGUGUCAGAAAGGGUCACCGUGGUCUUGGUCAUGAACCUGAAGGGGGCAUCGAUGUUCCGGGAGAUCCGAGGGUUGGUGGUGAUGGUGGUGGCGGCGGCAUGAGCAGAAGAGGUUGCGGAGUUGGCUAUGGAGGAGUUGGUGGCAUCGGAGUUGGCAGCAGAGAAGGCGGACGAGCCGUCGAAGGUCACGGAGGUGCCCGUGGGAGAGGCGGAGCAUCCCUCGACCGCGGCGGCGAGCGUCGCCUGGACGAACGCGGCGGCGGUGGCCGUGGCACCGUCGGAGGCGGCGCCAUCGAUGUCGCCGCCGCCGCCGGCCGCGGCGACAAUCCGGCAGGAGCUACCGUUGUGGGCGGAGGCCUUCGCGGCGCGGACGCCCUCGCCGACCGGCGAGCAAGAACCCUGGACGGCGGUCGCUCGCGACGCCGCGGCGACGAGGAGCACGGCGAGGACCACCGCCAGCCCCUCGACGCCGCCCUGGCGGAGGCCACCCUCCUCCUGCGGCGCCUCCAGGCGAGGAACCUCGAGCGGCAGCAACGCAGGGCGGCCUCGACGUCCUCGGGGGCCUCCUCCCCCCGGGCCUCGCCGCUCCGCUCUCCCUUCUCCUCGCCCUCCCAGGCGGUGUCCCGCGGGGGGGGGCCCGGGGUGGGGGCCGUGACGCCGCAGCAAGCGCUGGCGCGGUCGGGGCACGGCGCGAGGGCGGUGUACGACACUCGCACGCAGGCCAUCGCGUUCGGCGAGAGGCACGCGUGAUCUCUCGGGGUUGCGGGGGGGGGGGUGUUCGGCGGAGGCCGUUUUGCUGCAGCCCUCUCGAGUUUGGCCGAGAGUUUCCCGGUUCGUGGGAGCUCGUUGAAAGCGAAGAGAUUUACGCGAAUGUGAAGGGGAGGAGACCUGGGAAGGACGCAUCGCGGCCAGGAGGGACGACGGUCGGCCGGGGGGUCGGGGGCGGGGGGGGGUCGAGGCUCAUGUCGGGAGUGGCCGCCGAAGUACGGAGCACGGCCAAAGACCAAAGAGGAGGAUCUCUCCACAGCUCGUGGCUGUCGCCUGACCAUGCCGAUUGUUGUUGUAAUUACCGGCGAAACGUCAUGGCACUCAAAUUGUAAACGUUGUUGUUGGUUUACGUGACGAACCUUAGUGAUUGGCUGUGUCGGCUGGUGGCGGCUUUAAUGACACAUUUAUAUCUUAAUUUUGGAGCUUUCGUGACUGCAGGAAUUAUUUUUUGGUUUUUUCGGUAAAGUCACGUAUAAAAAUAAAAUAAUAAAUUAAAUAAUAGCAUACGACGUUUCGAUUGCAACACAAGCAAUCAUCAUCAGGUAUAAUGAAAU